UAAUCCGGUUAGCCGCCGCUUAAGUUUUCGUCCAUGCAAUUACAGCGCUUCAUCAGUCAUCCCUCAUCCGCUAUGAAAGCAUACUACUAGCAGUGAAUUCCGCCCCAAAUUAGCAGCAGCCUGUCAGUCUCAGAUGACCGCAUCUGCCUCCAUCCCCUUCCCCGUCAACUAGCCCCAAUCCUCUGAAUAUGAUCUCGCCUCUUCUUACCUCUGCAUCACCGUUUACCUAUUCCAUUUCCAUCCCACACAAUCUGCACACCAGGUGCGCUCCACUUCUAUUCGUGGCCUGCGUUUAAAUUAGCAACAAGCCCUCUGCUCAGCCCUGCUUAGUCAUCGCCCCUCUGCCAAAAGGCGCCAGCGGAGACUCCCUUAAAAUCAAUCGACGAGAGGAAUCAGGGACCUGCAUGGUGUCAAGCUAUCUAUUCUGAAGUGCUGAAGUCGGAGCUGGUCUCCUCAUGUCUAACGGUGCUUGACGAUGAGUACGUUCCACAAUUUUAUGCUGCAAGCCAAAAAAGCACGCGCUGCCAUCAACAGAGGCAAGAGAUCGGACGCCAAGAAGAGCAACUCCUCCAAACACGGUGCAGUGCCAUCUUCCGUGUCGUUAGUAGACAUAGUACCUACCUCGAGCCCCUGGGAUCUUCUUCCCGUCGAAAUCCAGAUCAAGAUAUUCGCCCACUGUGGCGUCACAGACUUGCUACCGCUGAAGCUCGUCUGCAAGUCAUUCUACCAGCUACUCACCUCCCAAGAACAAUGGAUCACCCGACAGUACCUGCGCCAACGCCGCGGCGGAACGCUGCCGUCUCCUAUCGACGGCGAGAAAACAUACACCAGAAGCCCAGAAGAUGAUGUAGUGCUUUUGUCGGAUCUUUUCCCCCCGGCAAAAAGUGCGAGAGGCGGCCAUAUCUACACAUUCAAAUACAUAUCCAGUCUGCGCCGUCGGCAGAAGCUGUGUUCGAAACUUUGCUGCUACCUUGCGGACCGUGUCAUGGAUCGGUUCGUGCACAGCGAGCCAGGCUUCAUGAAGUCGGUCUUCUCCUCUAAAGCGGAGCGAUACGCUUUUGUGCAACAGACGACUGCGCGCCUAUGGUUCCACCUUACUCCACUGAUGUAUUACGCUCUCUACUUCUUGGAGACGUAUGCGCUUGCCAGACGAGAGCAGACCAACAUCCUCCUACGAGAAUUCGAGGCCGGACGCCUUCCGGUUCCCAUUCCUCCCCACAUCCGUAAAGUGAUGUAUCGGGAGCUACAAGUAAAGAUCAUCAAAUCACCCCCGUUCACCGAUACGGCCACUCUCAUCGCCACGCACCACUGCAUGCAACUCCUUGUCUCCUACCUGCGAUAUACCGUACCACCCGAUGAACCUACAGUGUCGGACGACAGUUGGAUCGGGUCACUGCUCACAGUGUCGCCAUUCCUGCGGAUUGUGGAGUAUUUCUCCGCGGAGAUCGGCGACGGCGGAAACCAACGCAUGCAGCGGAAGGAGUUUAUGCACAAUUUCCAUAACGAUAUCACAUUGAAUGAGAAGGACGACAUUCAAUCGCUGGUAUUCCAGGUCUCGUCAAAUGUCCACCUACACGGCUCUGUGGAGGAUGUCUGGUUUGAUGUGGUCGGGGAGGAGCUGGCGUCGAGGCAUGCGGCGCCCCAUGAUGCCGACCGCAUCAUGGUCUGGAAUGGACUGCCCGUCCUACUGUCCUGUCGCGAGUGCCGCGUGAGGGAGGGCUGGCAUGCGUGAAAUAUCAUUUUUGGCUUAGCAAGCGCUGUGUUAUACUUGCAUAAUCCUCUUUUCGAGGCGAGGCGUUACACUUGGGGGAUUUUUGUUUCCAUGAUAGCGGAAGACGAAGCGAGUGUCACUUUCAAAGUCAGGGGUGUCAAACAUAGCAUAUUUUAGAAUCGACGUGGGUAUCACAUCUUGUCAUAUAGGUAUCGUCGGAAUGUCCCUAUGCACAUAUCAGGCUUGGCAUGUUUGCACAACGCGGGC